UCUUUGAUUUGUUACUCAUCUAACAAAAAAACUGCAUUAUGUAAUAUUUUCCCAUCUGUCAGUGGUGGCAGUGGUAGUACUGUUUAUUAUACUUGGUGAAUUCACCCUUCUUAAUGUCUAAACCAGGGAUUUUCUAUAAAAUAAGUUUUUCUUCCAAUCUUUUAUUAUCAAAUAUAGCUUUUAUGUACUCAACAUCCAUUUUGGUUUGGUACAAUGGAUUGGGUAUUAGAUUAGACUGCAAAAUCUAGUUGUUAUGCUCAGCAGCAGAAACAAGAUCAAUGGAAUUGUAGAUGUUAGAACAGUUGUACAAGUUUCCAAGUUGUCUUUCUAAUCAUCUUGUAUUCUAGUCUAUCUCUCUCAUGCUUUUCCCCUCUUUAUUAAUUAAUUAUGGUUUAGGUCAUUAGUGGUUUACUCACUUUUUUGCAUGCAUUUUGGCUUCACUCUUAGUUACACACCCUUUGUACUAAAAAAUAAUGAUUUGAUUUUUACGCAAUCUACACAAGACUGUAUCACAUGAAACUGCAGGAAUUUUUUGCACUGCAUGAUGUCAGAAAUAAUGGUAAAUCCUCGGUGGCGAUCUGUUGAAUUGGGAAAGUAGUUGGUUUCUCUUGUAUAAAAGGAGGAUAUAAAAUGGAUGUUGAUGGCAGUAAGCUCAUCUGUAUUCUUAAUAAGAAUUGGUUUGAAAUAGAUGAUAUCGUUAUCAAUAUUCUUUCAAGGCUGUCUGUUAAGUCCAUUACCUUAUGCAAGUCUGUUUCUAAAGAUUGGUAUAGGUUGAUAAACUCCCCUCCUUUCAUCAAGACACAGUUAAUCUGGUCCAAAGAAAACCCCUUAUAUAUUGUUUACCCUCAUAUGUAUUUCAUUCCGAAUGUAUAUUUCAUGGAGGGCAAUGGGGAAAUCAUUGACAGGAUUCCUCUUCCAGCUUGCAGAAAUUUUUCCUCUCUUAGUAUGAUUUGUUCCUUCAAUGGUUUGAUCUGUUGCAUCAACUAUGCCAGUCCUUUAGAUAUGACUGAGGUUUCUGACUUGGAUAUCCUGAUCUGCAAUCCUGCUAUUCAAGAAGUCCUAGUACUUCCUAAUGGUAGCCCAUCCAUUGAGGAUCCUUCAAUUGGAGUUGCUUUUGGCCCUGGAAUCAAUGAAUAUAAAGUGUUUCGGUUUUUCUAUGCUGCAUGUGAAUUAAAAGUCAAACAUCUAGAGUGUGAGGUUUAUUCAUCAAUGACUGAAUCAUGGAGAAGAAUAGAAAGUGUGGAACACUGUCCCAUGGAUUCAACCCAUGUAUUUGUAAAUGGAAGAGUGUACUGGUUUAUCUGUUCAGAAGAACACCCAGUUCCUGGCUCCAUCCUUUCAGUUGACAGGGAUGAAAAUUUCAGAGAAAUUAGGCUUCCGGAUGAGUUCUCUGAGAACUCAUUCUUGAUUGAUCUUGACGGUUGCUUAUCAAUGGUGGUUGUAUAUGAUGAGGAUGAGGAAAAAAUGAGCAUUUGGGUUUUGAAGGAUUGUAAUGAGUCUAUUUGGGAGAAGAAAUGCAGUGAUUAUAUUCCCAUUGAUGCUAUUGAAUGUGUUGACUCUGUAGCUGCACGAAAAAAUGAGAUCUUUUUCAUAACUUCAGCCCAUUAUCUUGUCUUCAACAUGGAUUACAAGACUUGGACAGAACUUGACAUAGCUGGUACGUUUGAAGAGAAUUUCCCUGUUGCAUUUGCAUUCACUGAAAGCCUCCUUCCAUGUAAUAGGCCCCUUGGUUCCUAGAUAGAGGGCAGAUUCCAAUCAGAAAACAGGAGGACCUUGAACGUUGUCCUGUAUUCUUCCUUCUUGCCAUGUGGAGGCUCUUUUUGUGCAACUUAUCAUUGGACUGAUAGAAAGAAGUGAUAUGUUGACAGCAGUGCAAUUGCUUCCAGUUUUUCAUUCUAGUCUUAUGCUUUCCUGUGUUUUUUCAACUUUCUUCUUAGUUUGCUAGAAGCUGGUUCAAAUACAACCAGCAGGUGUUGGCUCUUCUAAGUACUAUGUCAAGACUUUCCAGUUUAUUUUCUCUUUGGUUAUGAAUAGCUUGUGAUGCCUUUCCCCGAGCCAAGACUUCUUCUGUUUAUCCUGUCUGGUUAAACUCUAGUGAGAGUUUAACGUCUAGCAUGUAUUGGCUUUUCCUUUAGUUUUCUGUUGGAACUGCUUCUUUUCAUGUUCUGUUUGGUUGCCUACUGCCGGAAAAUUAUGUGAAUUAUGUGAAUAUUUUUUCUUCCGACAGCUUCAAAGGAA